UCUGUUAAUGCAGCACUCCUGACUGCUCUCUCCUUGUCCAAGCGGGAGCUGCCUAGGAGGAUGCACAGAGCAUGUAGCUCAGCCCCCGUCUUUGGGGGAGCUGCCUGCUCUGGGAACACUGUUCCUCCAUCCUGUGUGUUUUACAGCAGCACCUAACAUGUGGGGGCCCUGUGGUUUUCUAGUGACUGGGGCAUUGAUGUUCGAGACGCUCCUUUGAAGGAAAUAAAAGUGACUAGUUCCAGAAGAUUCAUAGCCUCAUUUAAUGUUGUCAACACGACCAAGAGAGAUGCUGGGAAGUACCGCUGCAUGAUUCGCACGGAAGGCGGUGUUGGGGUAUCAAACUACGCAGAAUUGGUUGUUAAAGAACCACCUGUUCCCAUUGCUCCACCGCAGCUUGCCUCUGUUGGAGCAACCUACCUGUGGAUACAGCUCAACGCCAACUCCAUCAAUGGGGAUGGACCCAUUGUGGCCCGUGAGGUCGAGUACUGCACAGCCAGUGGGAGCUGGAAUGAUCGGCAGCCAGUGGAUUCCACGAGUUACAAAAUUGGGCACCUUGACCCAGACACAGAAUAUGAGAUCAGUGUGCUUCUCACCAGACCAGGGGAGGGUGGCACUGGAUCUCCUGGGCCAGCUCUGAGAACAAGAACCAAGUGUGCCGGUGAGUACCAGGAGACAUUCGACUGAUGGUCAUGGUCUCCCUUGGUGUUGGUGUCAGUAUUGGAUCCCACAGUUGAAUCACACUCUUCCUACAGCCCUGCCUGCAUCCCAUGUGAGGAUAAAAAUACUCCUUAAGAUGAAUCAUAAGUUACCACUGAACUAUAGGGCCCAUGACCUCAAGAUCUUCUCUCUUUCAACCUGUCUCUAACUCCUUUUCUUGUUCUUAAUUUACAUCUUGCUUUGGGUAUCACAUAAUUGAUACU